AUGGUCAAAAAGUUCAGCGUGGCACUAAACGGGCGCCAUCUGGACUACAAAGCGGAAAGGGGCGGGACCAGGGACGUAGACCGGCAGCUGAUUGGACGAACGCGUCACUUUGGGGGAUUCUUCUUGUUUUCACCGGAUGGAUGUGGAAUAAAUCAUGACACUGAAAGAUUACUGAACUUUACUCCACAGAAGAAGAGCAAAAGGGUGGAUGCCGACGCAUCUUACAGGAUGAACCCGCUAGCUGCCCUCAACAUCGACCACAACGCUCUGGUGGGAGAAAACUACCGCCCCGUCGGAGGAAUCUUCUACCCCGGCAUCCAUUCUCUCUCUGCUGAAAAGCCCCAGGAGGCUGGCACUUCUGUCCCGCUUGGUUACGAGCUCCUGUACAAACCAGGUGUGACCCUCUUGGACGGACAGAAAUCCGCUAACGGGUAUGUCGGACUUUAUAAGAGUCCGCAACCAGGGUUACAGAAACCCCAGGUUGUCCCUGCGGCAGGAGUUGAUGGUUUAGGGAUGGACCGUCGAGUAUUACCCAACGAUAAGCAGUCAGAACUGGGCUUGAACGGCGCCGGCAGCUUCCUGAGAUUGCCGUGGAUGAGCCCUUACGCUGAUGCAACAAUGUACCCCUUCCUGGACAUGGCAUACAAGGCGUCCUUCCUGUCCCAGCCUUCACCCUUCCUCCACCAGCAGUUGGCGUAUCAAUCUUUGUGCGCGACAGGGGAAGACAGACUUUUCUACCUGCCUCAUUACAGCCAGGCGCAUAUUUCCUCCCCAAUGGGCUCUUUAAUCAGGAUCCCUACGGCAACUCCAGCCCCUUCUGUCCUUUCCCCUCUUCCUCACUCCCAGGAGAAGACAUUACAAGGCCUCGGUCCUCAGGUUCCUCAGGUUCAUCAGGAAAAGUCGGCCUUUAGUCCACAGAUCCACCAGGAGCCCCAGCCUCAAGCAAGCAAAGGAAGUAGUGGUGUUCCUGUUAGCAGCUCAGCUAGCACUUCUGCUUUAGAUUCACCCCCAGUUACACAUGCUCCAAGCUUAGUUUCCCCGCCGCAACCCCUCAAAAACACGACUACAGACCUCCAGAAGGCGCUUUACAGAAGCACUUCCUCGUCCUCAACCUCAGUGUCAGCGUCGCACCCCUUUUUCACGGGCCAAACCAAAGAAAAAGCCAGCUCCGACCGCUUAAAUGCAGAGAAGUGUUUAUCACCUGCCAAGACACCACUGGACAGAAGUGGAACUCAAAUGCUUGCCGAAAAACCCUCGGAUCUGUCUGCCAAAGAGUUGAUGGAUGGUUUCCCAUCCAAAUUAGAUUCCAUGGCCAAGUUGUCCAAGUAUUUAACACCAUCUUGUUAUGGGCUGCUAACCAGCAAGGACCAAAAACCUAAGCAAGGUCUACCCCUUCCUGUUACUACAUCAGAAAAGACUCAAGAUCGUCCUGAAAUGAUCAGCAAUGUGCCAUCGAAUUGGGUUGUCCCGGGUCCUUCCUCUGCAGCUGACGGCUCUGACCACAGCAGAAGCUCCCAAAUUCUAAAGAAAAACAAGAGAUUAGACAAUAUUUCUCACAAUCCACAGCCUCAAAACUCCACUGGCUCCAAGACAGUUGAGGUAAGAAGCAUCCCUGCCUCACAGGGAAGACCCUCUGCAUCAUCUCCCUCCCAAAAGUCCAAAGUCGAAUGGCAACGAGUACCUCCUACUGAUUUGGAGAAGCCAAACAGAAAAGAAGAGACUCGUACACAUCCUGGAAAACAGAGCAUUGCUACUGCUAAACCAGAGCUUCAAGAAAGCCAACUUCAAUCUCGUGUGGGGAAUGGAAACUCCUCCAGUCAAAUCUAUGGUGACUCCUACCUCCCUCCUGGCUUAGGAUACACCAACCGCUACAUCCCGUACUCAGUUGCUGAGAAUAUGUCCUUGCAAUGCAUGACGAUACCCGGCAAAGGACCUAUCUAUACGCACCCAGCCUUGCUUGGCAACAGCAGUUUUUACCCACAAAAACAUGGACUUCCAUAUAUUGGAGUACAUCCAAACCAGGGUGACUUCAUGACGUACCAGAACUCCCAAGGAAUGGCGUCUCCGUCUGUUUCCUCCCACGCUGGUCUUGAGCGAAUUGAAACCCAAGAUAAAACCUGGAAUUUAGAGCCAUACAGGAACCAGGAAAGACUGGAUGUUGACAGCUCCCAAAACAGGGACAAAGAGAGAGAAAAUUCCACGAGCAAAACCGUAAAAGCUUCAAGCAAAAGCCUGACUUGUACCAGAGAAGUUGUUGUUUGUAUUGACCUGGUGCGGGAUGAGCCGGAUGAUGAUUCGUCGAUCAACAAGCACAGCGCUACCUUCAGAGAUUCCUCCAGGCUUGACGGCAUCUGCUGUAACCAAAUCCAAGAAAGAGAUCCUCCGAAACCCCUUCCUCCCAACCAGGCUGCCGAGCAGAGACAAGACUUAAAACCCAACAAGAACAGAAAUAAUUGGAGUGACGACGACCCAGACGAGAGCCCCGAAAAGGAGGAGGCACUUAGUCCAAUCCCAGACAUCCCAGAGGAGCAGACAAUGCGCUGUGCUCGGACUUCUCCACAGCAGUUUUCAAGAAAAUCUAAAACUGAGGCCUCUGGAGUUACUGAGGGCUCAAUAACGGGUGUCCCGAGUGGUCGGAAUAGGCCUCACGUCAAUGCAUACCCAGAGCAAGAACCUUCCAGAAAUGGCAACCCAUUGGGUCCUUUUGGCAAGGACAGUUGUUCGAAUGACAACGACAAAUCUAACACCACCGUGGGAACUGAAGAGUUCCCAAAGAGUUCGUCCUUUGGGGACCAAUGUCUCUCAGAAAGUCCAGUUUUCAAUCCCCGGGUCUCAGCUUUAGGAGUUACAAAAACCAGAUCUCCAGUGUGCCUUAACAUCAACCCAAGAAGUCCUACGCGCAACAGCGGAGAUCCAAACUUUGUCAACAGAAAUCUUGCGGGCUCGUGCGUCACGAAUGGUCGGAAUAAUGGUGUAGAGAGUAACGAAGCAAAGUCAAAGGCCUCGGCGAAUACAAACGGUAACCCCGAGCAAAACGCGUCCAAAAACGGCGACAAAUUGGAUCCUUUUUGCAAAGAAAGUUGUUCAAAUGACAACAAAUCUAACAACUCCGUGGUAGCCGAAGAGUUCCCGAAGAGUUCGUCCUUUGGGGACAAAUGUCUCCCAGAAAGUCCAAAGUCCAAUCCCAGGGUCUCAGUUCUGAACACCAGGGCUCCAUUUUGUGUCAACCCCAACCCAAGAAGUCCUACAUGUAACAGCGGAGAUCAAAGUUCAGUCAACAGACAUUUUGUGGGUCCUUGUUGCCGAAAUCUGACGUCUGAAGCCAGGCCUUUCAGCGGAACAACCCAUGGAAGCAUCAACCCCGUGUCUCUGAACGCGAGGAGCGUCAAUGCCGGAUUUACAAAUUGUGAAAACCGCAACGCCACAAGUCCACAUUAUGGAACCAAUCUCAGAGCUCCUGCAUGUGGAAGGAACUCUUUUAGUUGUCCAAAUUGCACAAGUACACCCUCUAAAGGCGAGUCUUUUGGAUAUAACCAGCCGUCUGUACAUACCAAUCCCAGGGCUCUUACAUUUGGAAACAGUUUUCCUCGAGGCCCAACCUGUCGGCACAUUUCACCUGGAAAUCCUACAAAUCGAGGCUUUAGCUCGCAGGCAGAUCUGACUCCGCAGGACCGCAAAUACGAAGGUCUUUCCUCCGAUGAGGCGGCAAACUCCGGCUUCGAUUGUGGGGACGUGAACGAAGACGUCCGGGACAACGCUGAUCUUCUGGUAGAUGAUGAGGACGACGAGGGAUCUUGCUGCGGUAAAGUCCGGCGCUCCGGCCUCACCAAACGCAUCGCCAACUCAUCCGGCUUCGUGGGCGACCGCUUUAAAUGCAUGACCACGGAGCUCUAUGCCGACUCCAGCAAGCUGAGCAGAGAGCAGAAAGCACUUCAGCGUGCCAUGCUGCGCUUCUCUGAGCUGGAGCUGAAGGAGAGAGGAGGGGGAGGAGAGGAGGAGGAUGAAGGGAUGACAGCAGCCAGAGAGGGAGGAGGAGGAGGAGGAGGAGGAGGAGGAGGAAUUCUCUCUGCAGCAGAGGCUCCGAGAGGUUUCCGUCCGUCUCGCCCUCCAGCGGAGGAAAAGAAAACCACAGAAGAAGAAAGUCUGCGGGUGGAAAAGAAGAAAGAAGAAGAGAGUUUGGUCUCCCAACAGCAGCAGCAGCAGCAGUGGCAGCAGCAGAGGUUUCUGCCCUCAGCCAGGGCUCUGUGUCAGGGAAACGUUGCCACGCCAGGAGUCGCAGGUUCGGAUCCCGGCGCGGCGAUUAAUCGGCGCCGCAUGUUGAGUCUGGAGCCGUUCCACCAGAGCAGCAUCGGCGGCGGCCGGCUGAAGAGAGCCAGGGAGGACGAGAGGGCGGGAAACGCCAGCAUGGGAACCAUCAACGACGAUGUGAAGAAGCUGAAGGUUUGCAUUGAGCUCAACGGCCUGCGACUCAACAAGCCCCGCCUCCCCGGGGAGCUCAGCCAAUGGCUGCCCUCCGGCCAGACGCCUGCGGGUGCAGGGGCCAAUGAGAAGCUCAGAGGCGUCGGAGGGGGGUCAGAGGUCCACGGAGGCUGGUGUGACUCGCUGUUUGGGAGGAGGGAAGACCCCAGAGGUUUCCACGUGGCGCCGGCGUCCUCCCGCCUCCAGGACAAACACCAGAAGCUGAGGGAGAGUCGCAGGGUCUCCCUCAGCAGGGUCUCCCUCAGCAGGGUCUCAGGUUUCACCCCUUCCUUACCUCCUCUUCCUCCUCCUCCUCUUCCUCUUCCCUCGCCGGACCUCGCCAAGCCGAAGGGAAAGCGCCCGUGCAAGACGAAGCACACUGCAGCGAUGGAGGAGGAACGUGACGAAGGGAGCGACGAGGAGACGAGUGGAGAGGUCUCCCGGGCCGAGCCGCCCCCCCCACCUGAAGUCCGGCGACUCAUUGUGAACAAGAACGCUGGCGAGACUCUGCUGCAGCGUGCCGCGCGCCUCGGAUACGAGGAGGUGGUCCUGUACUGUCUGGAGCGCCGGCUCUGUGACGUUAAUCACCGUGACAACGCCGGUUACCGCGCGCUGCACGAGGCGUGCGCCCGCGGCUGGCUGGGCAUCGUACGGCGCCUGGUGCAGCACGGAGCCGACGUCAACUGCAGCGCUCAGGACGGGACCAGGCCGCUGCACGAUGCCGUGGAGAAUGACCACGUGGAGGUUGUGCGUUUCCUGCUGGCGUGCGGCGCUGACCCGACACUCACGUCCUACUCCGGCCGAGGACCAAUCAGCAUGACCCACAGCGCUGCCAUGGAAACCUUCCUGGAGGAUCUAACGCCACGCUUCCCUCUAACGCCACGCUUCCCUCCGGCCGCCUUCCCUCUAACUAACGCUACGCUAACGCCACGCUUCCCUCUAACGCCACGCCCUCGGACAGUCACCCACCGCCCGGCUGCUCGGGGUUUGACGGGGACAGCUAGCAGAAGUUAA